AUGGUGUCUGUAGCCACUGUUCUAAUCCUUGUAUUGUCCCAGUGGCUAACCCCAGCGCUGGCAUUCGCCGACGUUCUGGUGCAGCCACUGCGGUCGGCUGUCAGCAUUGUUGGCCACAAUGAUUUAAAGGGGUCGAGCAAUUCGGAUCCACGAAGCAGCGUAUUGAUCGUGCACACCAAACACUCGGUCAAAUCGGCACAGUCAGCCUGCGCGGAGCUGAAUGGGACAUUGUGGCCUGGUACAGGGAGAGAAAUAUCGGCUUGUAAAACCUCCAUUCGAACCCUUAUCAGACAGCAGGAAGAGCCUGUAGCUUCCGGUUACUGGAUUCGCGCAGACGACAACCAGACUCUGGCAUUGACUAUCCAGGGCGAUGUCGUAUGUCCUGACCAAGGCUCGCAGCUGCCAGUUCUCUGCACACGCAGCGCGCCGUUUCCAACGCUGAAGAGCAAAGACACGCUGAAACCAUGGCUGGUAGGUGUGAAUGCCAACAACGAAACAAUUGUUGGCUACCAAGACCCGCUCACAUUCACAUUCCUCGGGGUGCGAUACGCGCCGCAACCGGCACGUCUGUCUCACUCGACCAGAUAUAUCGGCUCAGGGGGAGUCCGUCCCGCCCUGGCUGUCGGCAGCAAAUGCAUCCAAGACAACGAAGGAUCGGAGGACUGCCUGUUCCUCAACAUCUGGACGCCGUUCCUCCCCGGCUCCCAACAAAACACCACCGUGAAGCCCAAGGCCGUCAUGUUCUACAUCCACGGCAGCGCACUGUUGGGCUCUGGGGGCGACCCCACGUUUGACGGCACUAACCUCGCCUCCAGGGGCGACGUUGUCGUGGUCACGGUCAACUACCGGCUCGGCGCCCUUGGUUUUCUCGCCCUGCCCGACGCCGGCGCGCGCGGGAACUUUGCCCUGGGCGACCUCAUCCACGCCCUCGACUGGGUUCGGAACAAUAUUGCUGCGUUCGGCGGCGACCAGGCCCGCAUCACCGUGUUUGGCCAGUCGGCCGGUGCCGCCCUCGUGCGUGCCAUGUUAUCGUCGCCCCACGCGGCCGGCAAGUUUACCGGUGCGAUGCUGCUCAGCUACCUGGGAGGGUACGGGACGGGCGGGGUUCUUCAAAAGUACUACAGCGUCGAGGAGCAGAUGGCCCUGGUGAGUAAUCAGGUCCUCAACGCUACCAACUGCUCCAUGGCGACGUCAGCGCUCACCUGUCUCCGCGCACUACCGGCCAAUGACAUCUGGAAGGCCAACAUCAACGCGCGCCUGUUGACCAUCGACGGCGAGUACCUGAUCGACAACGAGCGGGCGCUCUUUGCCCCGGACAAGCCACGCUACAGCAGUUCCGUGCACGUCAUGCUGGGCAUCAACGCCGAAGACGGCAUGGAGCUGAUCGCCCCCUACCCGCCGCUGCCACUGAACGUGACGGCGGAGGACCGCGACCUCAUCACCGACCGCGGCCUCCCCGCGCCGCCUGAGGAUCUCUUCCCACUCGGCUCGGCCAGCAAAAACGUCACGCUCGAGGUGUAUCGCAUGUGGGCGCGACUGGCGACGGAUGCGUACUUUCGAUGCGCAGCGCAGGCCAACGCCAACGCGGCGGUCGAGACGGGUGCGUUUGGAAACGGAGGCAGGGUCUGGUACUACCAGUUUGACCGCGCGUACCAGGUGCCCGAGUGGCCGAAGCUGAACCUGUGCGAGGCGCCUGGCGGGAACACUAGCUCCCCCGAGGGGAAUUUCCGCUGUCACACUGGCGAGAUGCUGUACGUGUUUGGCAACGUGGCGCGGCGGGGAUUGCCGUUUAGAGACGAGGGGGAUUUGAUCUUCGAGAGGUACAUCCUGGACAGCUUUGCCGCGUUUGCGCGUGCCUACGACCCAAACCCCGACGUUGCGUUUUUGGAGAUGAGGGGGUAUACGAGUACGCUAAAGGUGGUAAAUGCUAUGGGGCCUUGGAAGCCUACUCUCAGGGGUAAUAUGCGGAUGAUGGCUCUCGACCUGCCGGGUGGGGCCAACGCGAUGAGAGGGUUCAAGGACAUGGAGCAGUGUGAGUGGCUGGGUGUCCCGCCGGACUAUUGGCUGAAAUGA